UUCUAUUGACAGCAACUUGAAUUCCAAUAAUUAUUCCAAAUUUUCACGCCAAACCCUUUCUGUUGACUGGUUCACUCAAAAGCCCUUAUUUUUACAGUGUUGCAGGCUCUUUCUUGGGCUCGUACACAAUCUUCACUCGCACAUAACAUGGGCAGAGCAACAAGGUGGAUUAAGGGCCUGUUUGGCAUCAAGAAGGACAGAGAAGAGUUGGACAACAACAACAACAACAACAAGAGACAGUCCAGCAAUUCAAGUGGGUUGUGCAACAACCCUGCAACCAUCCCACCCAACAUAUCUGCGGCCGAGGCUGCCUGGUUGAGGUCUUGCAGUUGCACUGAUGAGGCAGACAAGGAGCAGAACAAGCGUGCCAUCGCGGUGGCGGCCGCCACAGCCGCUGCUGCGGACGCAGCGGUGGCGGCCGCGCAGGCAGCCGUGGUGGUCAUCAGGCUGACGAGCCACAGGAGGGGCGCCAUGUUCGGCAGCGGGCCCAAGGGGCAUGCCGCUGUGAAGAUCCAGACAGUUUUCAGGGGAUAUCUGGCAAGAAAAGCACUGAGAGCACUGAAGGGGCUGGUGAAGUUGCAGGCGCACGUGAGAGGGUACCUGGUGAGGAAGCGAGCGGCGGCGACGCUCCAUAGCUUCGAAGCUCUCAUGAGAGCUCAGGUCAGCGCUCGCCUGCAGAGAUCAGCAGCUCGCAGCAGCGGAGGAGGAGGAGCAGGAGACGACGCUCGCCGGCUCGGGUUCGGGACCCGGAAGGCGACCCGCAAGCCCACCGAAACAUUCGAUGACAAGACGAGGAAGGAACACGAGCACACACGCGCCGCCCCACCUCACGGCGGAAGGCUCUCCGCCUCCGCCGUCGACGCCACGGCACUCCACCCCGCCGUCGAGGACGCCUCCAAGAUCGUCGAGGUCGACGAUUGGGUCACGCCCUUCUCAAGCUCCGGACAGACGCCGCCGUGCCGGGCUCCGGCCGGGCACUCCCGCAGCUCCGACUGGCUCGACGACCCCUGGCCCUCCGCGACUCCGGCGAGCACGCCCCGGUCGAUGUACACGCCCGCGAGGAGCGACGCCGUCGGCGGCGGCGGCUGCCUCUUCCGGCGGCGCGGGGGCCGCGGCCUCCUCCUGGUCCCGAGCUACAUGUCGAGCACGCAGUCGUCCAAGGCGAAGCUGAGGUCGCAGAGCGCCCCGAAGCAGAGGGUCGGGGCGGCGGCGGCGGCGGCGGCGGAGGCGGAGGCGCCGAGGAAGAGAGCGUCGCUGCAGGAGGUGAUGAUGGAGUACGAGCGGUCGAGGAGUAGCUUGAGCGGGGCCGCCGGGGUGAGGAUGCAGAGGUCGUGCUCGCAGGCGCAGGAGGCUGUCGUGUUCAAGAACGCCGUCGCGGGGAAGAUGAAGAUGGAGAGGCCGGGGGAAGAAUUUGGAGAGUCGGAGAGAGAUUGUUGGGAGAGAAGAAGAUGGUGAACGUUUGCCUUGUGGGGCGAGCGAGAGAAAUAAAAGAGACCUUGCUUUUCUCCUUUACUUUUGUUUUUUCCCCAGCUUUUCUGGAUUUGUUUCAUGGGUCAAGGGAAACAACUGAUGUGUAGGUGCACCUGGUUCUUCAGAGUAUCAGACUAAUCCUGCCUGGAUGCUUCCAGCGGUUUCGCUCUCUGUUCUACUCACGGUAACCGGUUACCGGAUCAUAAGGUCCAUACUCAUGAACGAGGAGAAUAUGCUGAGAUAUGUGUUCGGAAUUGGAUGUUUAUAGAUUGAAUAUGAGCAAAGCAUUGGAAGUUUGAGGGGCAGAGAAACAAUUGUAAUUUCAUUUGCAUGACAUGAAAUGCUGUCCCACUGAAAUGCGCCUUUGCAUUUGAAUCUGGUCGAGUUCUACUUCCGGCGACCCUGUUAUUGAAAUCAAUAUAUGAUCAUGUAGAGUCUUUGGCUUGUUCUGUCAGGGCAAA